UCACUUUGCAUCAGUGCAGAAGUUGCUCUCGACUGUCGCGUCAUGCAAUGUAGCUUUGCUUGACCAUUCGGGGUUCGAAAAAGCUAAUUCAUCCUACUCAGUUUGUGUUCUUCUCGACUGAAUCCCGGAUGUUUCGAUGAUGAUGAGAUGACACGGCCUAUUUGGGGCAGAUUGAAGUCAUUAACCUAUUAGUGCCCAGCGUAUGAAAUUUAAUACGCAAAAAAGCCCGUUUUUUGAAAAAACUGUUUUUGAUGAAACUAAAGUGUUAAGCGCAUUUUAAAUACCACAUGACAAUUCAAGAGUGUUUUUUUGUGAUAUAUCAGCUUCCCGAUAAUCCAGAGGAGCUGUACAAUUAUCUGAUUGAUUUGGACGACGACGCUUUCGAAAAUCUAGUAUCAACAAAUGACAUUAACUUUGUCAUCGUGCCCCCAAGCGGCGGAGACAGCGAUGUGGAUGCUGGAGAUAGUGACUCGGAGGACGGCCCUUCCGGUUUUGGCAAACAAGUGAAUGUCGAGAGCAACAUUGAACGAGGCCAAUCACAAGAAUACUCCUCGUACAGCAGCAAGAAGCGGAGAGCCAGACACUGGGAAAAAUGACCUUAAAUUUGGAUGCAGAUGCAGCCGUUGUUCUUGAAGGACAUUCACCUGAUCUUAGUGAUCUCUGCUCGAAACAUAAAUGGCCUGCCGUUCAUAUGUUCCAUCACCUAUUCGACGCAGAUUUCGUCGGACUAAUCACCACAAAGACGCACUGCUAAGAGGAGAUACAAGAUUCCGUGUGACCGUACCGGAUAUGUACAAAUUUCUAGGAAUUGAACCGUGGGACAAUUAAGCGUAGAACGGCAGUACAUGAA